AAAAAUCUUUAACGGGUGGUAAGUUAAACAAAACGGCUGAAAUUGAGAAUUAUCCGGGUUUUGCCUUGAUUCAAGGACCCGAAUUAGCCGCAAAAAUUAAAGCCCUUAACUUGGAAAAAAAAGCUAUUGAAAAUAAUUUGGGUGUGCCCGGAGAGAAAGAAUUUACUAAUCAUGGAGUUGCUUAUUGUGCUAUUUGUGAUGGUUGGCUUUUUCGCGGUCAAAGUGUCGCGGUGGUUGGUGGCGGCUAUUCUUCUUUAGAAACUUCCCUUUACAUGAGUAAUAUUGCAAGCCGCGUUUACCUUAUUCAUCGUCGAGCCAACUUUCGCACAGAAAGGGAAAUCGUAGAAAAAGUGGAGAAAAAUCCCAAGAUAACUCUAAUUAUUAAUAGCGUCAUAAAAGAAAUUCACGGGCAAGGAAAAGUAGAAAAAAUAAUUAUUCGGAAUUUGUUAAGUGAAAAAGAAAACGAAUUACUAGUCUCGGCUGUCUUCCC